AGUAAAAGAUUUUAGAGAGACAGAGAAUCAUUCUUUGCUUAAACUUACAGGACUGUUAUGAGCUUUAUUGCUCUUCUGGGUAAGUGGAGGUGUUUCUGUUCUGUGCUUAAAGCUUAUAUAUUUCGGUCUCAAAACUGUGCACAGCACUUGUUCUCAUGCUUGGCAAUCAGGGUGCUUACGUUUAACAAAAUGCUGCUGUGAGUUGCGGAAUCAAUUGCUUGAUUGCAAGCUUUUGUAGACAUGGAUGUAUUCUUGAUCACUGGGUUUGGCCAUAGACUGAUCAUGGCAAGAAUACGAUCAUUAUUAAUUUUUAGCAUUCUUUGUGUGCCCAUGGAAGCCAUGGGUCAGGCAGGAAAUGCCAAUAGUUCUUCAAAAAUACUGACACCGAGUGUUGUGAAUAUAGGAGCUUUAUUUACUUUGGAUUCUGUAAUUGGAAAAGCAGCUAAGCCGGCAAUUGUGGCUGCAGUUGAUGAUGUAAAUGCAGAUUCCAGUAUUCUCCCAGGGACAAAAUUGAACCUCAUACUACAUGACACGAAUUGCAGUGGAUUUGCUGGAACUAUGGAAGCUUUGCAGCUGGUGGAGGAUGAUGUGGUUGCUGCAAUUGGCCCUCAGUCAUCUGGAAUAGCUCAUAUCAUUGCUCAUGUUGUUAAUGAACUUCAUGUGCCGCUUUUAUCAUUUGGAGCAACGGACCCCACUCUUUCUGCACUACAGUAUCCAUAUUUCCUCCGCACUACACAGAAUGACUAUUUCCAAAUGUUUGCAAUUGCUGAUCUUGUUACAUACUUUGGAUGGAGAGAGGUAAUUGCCAUCUUUGUAGAUGAUGAUUAUGGAAGAAAUGGUAUAACUAUAUUGGGAGAUGCCCUGGCAAAGAAGCGUUGCAAGAUAUCUUACAAGGCUGCCUUUACCCCUGGAGCACCCAAGAGUGCAAUAAAUGACUUAUUAGUCGGAAUAAACCUGAUGGAAUCUCGGGUAUAUGUUGUGCAUGUGAGUCCUGAUUCUGGUAUGCAAGUUUUUUCUGUUGCUCAGAGUCUUGGUAUGACAGGCAAAGGCUAUGUUUGGAUUGCUACAGAUUGGCUUCCUACUCUUUUAGAUUCAGUAGAACCAGCUGGCAUUGACACAAUGAAUCUCUUACAAGGAGUUGUUGCUCUUCGUCAUCACACACCAGAUAGUGAUAUGAAAAAGAAGUUUUUGUCCAGGUGGAAUAACCUUAAGUAUAAGGAGAAAAUGGGAUCUGCUGGUUUCAAUUCUUAUGCACUAUUUGCUUAUGACUCAGUAUGGUUAGCAGCUCGAGCUCUUGAUGCCUUUUUCAGCCAAGGGGGAAGUGUAUCUUUCUCUAAUGACCCGAAUCUGCAUGAAAAAAGUGGAAGUAGGUUGAACUUGUCAGCACUUCGUGUUUUCAAUGAAGGCCAACAGUAUCUCCAGACACUUCUCAAGAUGAACUUCACCGGCAUCAGUGGUCAAAUUCAAUUUGAUCCAGAUAAAAAUUUGAUUCAUCCAGCAUACGAUGUUCUUAAUAUUGCUGGGACGGGAUUGCGUACAGUUGGUUAUUGGUCAAAUUAUUCUGGUCUUUCCAUUGUUUCUCCAGAGACCUUGUAUAAGAAGCCUCCCAAUACAUCUAUCAGCAACCAACAUCUUUACACCAUCAUAUGGCCAGGUGAAACUAAAGACACUCCUCAAGGAUGGGUGUUUCCCAACAAUGGGAAGCCUUUGCGUAUUGCAGUACCCAACCGAGUAGCUUAUCAAGAAUUUGUGGCUAAAGACAAAAACCCUCCUGGGGUUCGAGGAUAUUGUAUUGAUGUUUUUGAAGCUGCAAUAAAGCUGUUGCCAUAUCCUGUCCCACGUACAUAUAUGUUAUAUGGAAAUGGCGAGAGAAACCCUGACUACAAUGGCCUUGUCAAUGCAGUUGCUCAAAAUACUUAUGAUGCAGCUGUAGGUGAUGUUACUAUAACUACAAAUAGAACAAAAAUUGUGGAUUUUACACAGCCAUACAUGGAAUCAGGAUUAGUUGUAGUUGCUCCUGUCAAAGAAGAAAAGUCUAGCCCUUGGGCUUUCCUUAAGCCAUUUACAGUGCAGAUGUGGUGUGUCACUGGUGCCUUCUUUCUGUUGGUUGGUGCUGUUGUCUGGAUUCUUGAGCAUCGGAUCAAUCAUGAAUUCCGUGGUCCACCAAGGCAACAACUUAUAACGAUAUUCUGGUUUAGUUUCUCAACAAUGUUCUUCUCCCACAGAGAGAACACCGUUAGCACCUUGGGACGUUCGGUGCUGAUCAUAUGGUUAUUUGUUGUGUUGAUUAUCAAUUCAAGCUAUACAGCCAGUUUGACAUCAAUCCUCACAGUUCAGCAGUUAACUUCACGGAUUGAAGGUAUUGACAGCUUAAUCUCAAGUACUGAACCAAUUGGAAUACAAGAUGGGUCAUUUGCAUGGAACUACCUGGUUGAUGAGCUCAAUAUAGCAGAAUCUAGGCUUGUUAAAUUGAAAAAUCAAGAUGAAUACUUUAUUGCCCUACAACGUGGGCCAAAAGGUGGUGGGGUGGCUGCCAUUGUUGAUGAGCUUCCUUACAUUGAGGUCUUCUUGAGCAACACCAAUUGUGUAUUCAGGACAGUGGGGCAGGAGUUCACAAAAAGCGGGUGGGGAUUUGCAUUUCAGAGGGACUCUCCCCUUGCGGUUGAUCUAUCAACUGCCAUUCUCCAACUCUCUGAAAAUGGUGAUCUGCAAAAAAUUCAUAACAAAUGGCUUACACGCACAGAAUGCUCUAUGCAAAUCAGCCAAGUUGAUGCAAAUCGACUCUCCUUGAGCAGCUUCUGGGGGCUGUUCCUCAUUUGUGGCCUUUCAUGCUUCAUUGCUCUUACUAUGUUCUUCUGUAAGGUCCUUUGUCAGUUCCGUAAAUUCACUCCGGAAGAAGGUGAAGAAGGGGAGGUGGAAGAGAUUGAGCCAGCAAGGCCUAGACGCUCACUUCGUACAACUAGCUUCAAGGAUAUACUUGAUUUUGUAGAUAGGAAAGAAGUAGAGAUCAAGGAAAUGCUUAAGAGGAAGAGCAGCGGUAACAAGCGACAAGCUAGCCCCAGCACAGAUGGACGAGCCAGUUCACCUGCCUAGGGGAAGAAAUGAGGUUUUCUUUUUCCUUUCCUGUUUCCCUUUCCAUUGUUGAAUUUUUCUAAAUGUUUCUUUCUGAAGAAAUUAUUGAAUCCUAUACCAUUCCCUUCCAGUCCAUACAGUAAAAAAUUAGGCAAGCUAGAAUGACGAUGAACUGGAAAAAUGUUAGUUUUAGUGCAUUCUGUAUCAUAAAAAGAUGUUUUGUAUACAUCUAUCAAUGUAAAAUUUUUCCUUCUCUUUUCCAUCAACAAACCAGUAUUGCUUUUUAGGCUU